AUGCCUUUUGACGCUCGCGAAGCGACAAUCGACUCAGUCCACCAUGCGCUCUACACUGGGCUGUCAACGUGUCGAGAGGUCAUCUCGGCUUUCGUCGCCCGCAUCAAAGCUCAUGACAACCGGACAAAUGCUAUCAUUACCUUGAACCCUAACGCAUUGAACGUUGCGGACGCCCUUGAUGCGCAGCUUGCGGCAGGAAAUGCAACCGGACCUCUCUUCUGCGUACCCGUUCUGCUGAAGGACAAUUACGAUACUGCAGAAAUGCCAACUACAGGCGCCAGCUUGGCGCUUGCAAAGUCACAACCGACUGAAGAUGCACCUAGCGUGGUGGCACUGAAGAAUGCCGGAGCCAUCAUCCUGGGGAAAACCAACCUGCAUGAACUUGCGCUAGAGGGUAUCAGUGUAUCUUCCUUGGGUGGACAAACCAUCAAUCCGUAUGAUGCGACACGCACGCCUGGUGGAAGCUCUGGCGGCACAGGAGCGGCUGUUGCAUCUUCCUUCUGCGUUUUCGGCACCGGUACAGAUACUGUCAAUUCGCUACGAAGUCCUGCAUCAGCAAACUCACUAUGCAGCAUACGACCUACCAGAGGUCUCGUGACACGUACUGGUAUCAUACCGAUAUCGUACACUCACGAUACCAUUGGUCCUAUUGCGAGAUCAAUCAAGGACGUUGCCACAGCUCUGACGGUUAUGGCUUCUACCGGCUACGAUGCCGCGGACAAUGCAACGGCACUUGUCCCUUCGCCGAAUCGUAACAUAGACUACACUGCUAAAAUAUCGGCUGCUAAACUUCGGGACCUUCGAAUUGGCGUUCUCAACGGCUUCUUCAACCGCUCUAAGUCGGCAGAGGUCACACCCGUCAACAACGCCAUAGAUGCGGUGAUGUCGAGAUUGGAGGCCGAGAAUGUCACAUUGAUCCCAAUCAACGAGACCAUAUACAAUGCGACUGCCAUCCAAGCUGCACUCGACGUUCAGCGCUACGAGUACCGUGAGUUGAUGGACGAAUAUCUCCAGCGUCCAUCGCUUUCCGGCGACCAUCCUAAUACUCUCAACGAAUUGUACUCGCACAUAGCAGUAAACGGAUCUGGCGGCGAAUUCGUUGUCCUGCCAUCCCAAUACGAAUACGUCAACACUGCGCUUGUCUCUUCAACGAGCAACGAGACGUACGUUCAGCGUCAGAACGGCGUUCGCAACCUCAGUCUCGCAUUGCAACAAACUUUCGCCGCAAACAAUUUGGAUGCGAUCAUCUACCCAGAGCAGAAGAACCUCGUUGUGAAGAUUGGGUCUCCAUCACAGAGUGGCCGCAACGGUAUUCUCGCAGCGCUCACAGGCGUACCUGUCGUGACAAUUCCUGCAGGGUUCAGCGAGCCGAGUGAGGAUGCACCGAUUGGUGUGCCGAUUGGCAUGGAGAUUCUGGGUCGGCCUUGGGAGGAGCAGAAGCUGCUGGGCAUCGGGUAUGCGAUCGAGCAGUUGAUGAAAGUCAGAAGAGCGCCGACAUGGGCGAAGGAUGUUGUGGAGGUACCACACUACGAGAGUGUGCCAGUGAUCAUGCCAGAUGGGGGCAAUAUAAGCCCUGCAUAUCCACUCGGUACUCUGUAG